AUGCCGCCCUGUUCAGACUCUAGCUUUGACAAAAGCAUGGAAAUAUUAAGUGAAAAUGUCAAUGGAAGACACUUUACGAGGUGUCUUCCACUAAACUUUCGGAAAGACGAUUUGAAGGGAAUUCACAAGGAUCGAAUGAAAAUUGGAGCACGUCUGGCUGACGUUGAUCCAAUGCAAACAGAUUGUUCAGUACGGUUUGAUGGUGUGGGUGGUCUUUCUGACCACAUUUCAGCUUUAAAAGAGAUGGUCGUUUUUCCUUUGCUUUACCCAGAAGUCUUUGAGCGAUUCAAAAUUCAACCUCCAAGAGGCUGUCUCUUCUAUGGCCCUCCAGGGACUGGGAAGACACUGGUUGCUCGUGCACUUGCUAAUGAAUGUAGCCAAGGUGACAGGAGAAUAGCCUUUUUUAUGAGAAAAGGUGCCGACUGCCUGAGUAAAUGGGCGGGGGAAUCUGAACGACAGCUUCGUUUAUUGUUUGAUCAGGCCUACCAGAUGCGACCUUCAAUUAUUUUCUUUGAUGAGAUAGAUGGUCUUGCUCCUGUGCGGUCCUGUGAACAAGAUGAAAUCCAUAGCUCUAUUGUAUCAACACUUCUGGCACUUAUGGAUGGGUUAGACAGCAGAGGAGAGAUUGUGGUAAUUGGAGCCACCAACAGGCUGGAUUCUAUAGAUCCUGCUUUACGAAGACCCGGACGGUUUGAUCGAGAGUUCCUCUUCAGCCUGCCAAAUAAAGAGGUACCUGAUUAUGACGCAGUCAUUAAACAGCCCAUGGACCUUUCGGCAGUUCUCUCGAAGAUUGACUUGCACCAGUACCUAACUGCAGGAGAUUUUCUAAAAGAUAUCGAUCUAAUCUGCAGUAAUGCUUUACAGUACAACCCAGAUAAAGACCCUGGAGGACUAGGAAUUUUGCCAUUGACUUCACCCAUACGCUUUGUGCAGUACUCCAUCGAUACAAAGAACGAGAGAGACUGUAUUCCAGGCACAGGACACUUCACUGAUACUGUAUUCCCGAUAAACAGGCCGGUGGCCGCCGGCGUCUCCUCGCCCUUCGGCCAGGCGAGGUGCCGGCGCGCAGCGGUUGCGCAGGUUGGGAGUUCUCGGGUGGCAGGGAUGCCCUCACAGCCCGCUCCUUCGCCGCCAAACUUCGGCUCCGCGCUAGACUGUCCCGCCACGCACCCAGACGGCUUUUAA